UCGAAUAGUUAAGUUUUCAGUCGAUAAAAAAUUAAAGGCUACAGUUACGAUCUAGGGUUCUUCUCCAUAUAUAUAUAUAUAUAUUGCUAGAUUUAUAUCUUGAAACAGAUGACUGAUCACACAAAGAAACUACCACAGGCUGGAUGUUCCCCUUUCACUAAUGGGACUACUGCUGAUGUCGCCAAAGAGAAGGAGCAGAAAGAAGAAGUUGUGCGACUCGGAGUUGAGCUCUCGCUCUUUAUGGCUGAAGCAAUGUUCAUAUUAUCCGACGACAGACGUUGUAUGACACACUUCUGUUUUUGGAUAUUGUUUAAAACAAAGAUGGAUCGUCGCGGUCCCGUUGUAGGACGGCUGUGGCGUGUUACACAACAGGUGUUUGCAACCUAUAUCAGACCCAAGAACAGAGUCUACAUCGAUGGUGGAAAAUCCAGUCAAUCACAACUGAUGAGGACGUUUCAACAGGAUUUUGUUUCUGCGAUCAGAGGUUUGGCUCACAUUGUUUCCACUCUCGAAAUCGGUUGCCUAGUGAAACCCUCUGUUUUUGAACAAUACAACCAAGAGCUGAAGAAGCUAGAGGAGAAUUUGAGGCCUGUCAAGCAUGUUUCGGAGGCAAAUGGGUUUGCUAGGGAAGCAAUAGAGUCUGAGAUUCUUCUUCCCUUGUGGAAGUCUCUCUUUGACACAACAAGUGGUUCUCAAGUGAUAAAACUUGAUAAAACUAUUACUCGUGAGCUGGUUAGGCCUCUCUUGAACGAUGUCAAAAAGGAGAUUUGUCGUAGUCUUGCUUCUUUAGUCAUCAAGCCACCCUGUAAAUGAAAUCAUCAUACAAGAGGUUUGAUGGUUAUUUUAUUGCCAUAUUGUUGACUUUGGAUGGUCAUUUUAUCGCAUAUUGUUGUUAUUCCUACUUAUUUUAAUGAAAUCAUAACAAUCCGUUGUGGAUUAAAUAAAAA